AAGAAAGCAGAUAAGGAAUAUGUGGAUGAAAAAGAUAAAGAAAUUAUAGAAAGGGUUGACUGGUACCAUGAACGGACAUCGAAGAUUUUAAAAACUAAAGCCGAUACAGGAUGGGUUUCAGGAUGUUUAGACCUUAAAGCAGAUAAAACUUAUGUUAACGAUGAGUUAGAGAAGAAAGCAAAUAAGACUCAUACACAUACAAGUUUUACAACUGUUGCUAUAGAAAGUAUUGAAGGAACGGUUGACGUAACUGGUGGGGAUGUAUUAUAUUGUAAACCUCCUAACUUUCCACAAGGUUUAACAUCGGAUGACGACAUAACGACGAUGAGAAACAUUAGAUGUAAAGAUGUUUAUGUCAUGAAGGAUGAAUAUAAUACUAAAUUCACUGCUCAAGAUUUAUAUGACAAGAAAGCAGACAAAACAGAGCUUCAAACAUUAAAGACAGAAAUACUUCAAACAUUAUAUCCUAUAGGCUCUAUUUAUACGUCAAUGAACUCUACCAGACCAGAAGUAGUACUUGGUUUUGGAACUUGGACUCAAAUAGUCGACAGGUUUUUGUAUUGUGCAAACUCUUCAAAGGAAACAGGUGGAAGUAAAACGAUUUCAGGUGAAAAUUUACCUGCACACAGUCACUACAUAGAUUUAAGUACAUCUCAAGCAGGUUGGCAUAAGCAUAGAUAUUGGGAUUGGUCAGCAAUGAUAAAAGGUAAAGGAUAUGAUGUUAAAGACAACGUUAAGUUUGCUAUAGAUUGUUACUGGAGUAACACUGAGGGAGGAGGAAACCAUACACAUCGCGUUUCAGGAUAUACGCAAACAACGGGACAAAGUAAAGAAUACAUGCCACCUUACAUGACAGUUUACGCAUGGUAUAAAUGCUUAG